GGGACCCACACCAGCCCCUCCCCUGGACCAAAGGCCUCAAAUACCUGCUGGUGCUUUGGCAUGAGAGCUGCUGUGGAACCAAGACGCAGCAGGUCCUGGCCACAGCAUCCUCCAACCUGGCCUUCACCCCAGCGGCUCAGGACUCCUGAGCCUCGCCAUACCACCAAGUCCACAUCCCAGGCUGCUGGUUUGUCAUGGGUGGGCCCUGGGCUGUGCUGGCUGCGCUCUGGGCACUCGGGGCUGCCGGGGCUGCUGCGUUGCGUAUCGGAGCCUUCAACAUCCAGAGCUUUGGUGACAGCAAAGUGUCAGACCCAGCCUGUGGCAGCGUCAUAGCACAGAUCCUGGCCGGCUACGACGUGGUGCUGGUGCAGGAGGUGCGAGACCCAGACUUGAGCGCCGUGUCCGCGCUGAUGGAGCAGAUUAACAGCAAGUCCCGGCACGAGUACGACUUCGUGAGCAGCGCGCCGCUGGGCCGGGACCACUACAAGGAAAUGUACCUGUUCGUCUACCGGAAAGCCGCGGUAUCCGUGGUGGACACCUACCAGUAUCCGGACCCGGAGGACGCCUUCAGCCGGGAGCCUUUCGUGGUCAAGUUCUCCGCGCCGGGCUCCGCCGCCGGGGAGCUGGUGCUGGUCCCGCUGCACGCCGCGCCACACCAGGCCGUGGCGGAGAUCGAUGCCCUUUACGACGUGUAUCUGGACGUGAUCGACAAGUGGGGCACCGACGACAUGCUGUUCCUGGGCGACUUCAACGCCGACUGCAGCUACCUGCGCCCGCAGGACUGGGCGUCCAUCCGCCUGCGCAGCAGCGAGGUCUUCAAGUGGCUCAUCCCUGACAGCGCCGACACCACGGUGGGCAACUCGGACUGCGCCUACGACCGCCUGGUGGUGUGCGGCGCCCGCCUGCGCAGGAGCCUCAAGCCGCACUCGGCCACCGUGCACGACUUCCAGGAGGAGUUCCACCUGGACCAGGCCCAGGCUCUUGCCAUCAGUGACCAUUUUCCCGUGGAGGUGACCCUCAAGUCCCACUGACAGCGAAGGCCCGGCCGCGGCCACCACUUACCCUCAGACCCGAGAAACGGACACCGUGUGAGGUGGCCGGCCACCCCCACCCCAUCAGUGAGGACGUGGGGCAGGGUCAUCUGAAUGUGGAAGAGUGCCUCAGUUUCCCCACCUGUAGGAUGGUUACCAGCACCUUCCCCAUAGGGUUGGGUGAACACUGUCCUGGCUCACACCUGUACAUUAAUAAAUAAGCCGCUCUCAGCCAGGACCACGAUGGGGACCAAAAGUUCUCUGUUCAUGCCGAGGACCAGCUGUGCUGGGGUGCAGUCUGGUCCUGGGGGGCCUUCUUCCCACCCCCCUUCGGGACAGGGACAGCCUGCACCAAGUUGUCCUGUGGG